AUGGCCAAACGUGGCAAGGGGAGCACAGGAGGCAAUCUUGAACCACUACCCUUCAUUCGCAAGUUUGGACCAGAUGCGGACAACGAUUUCCCGCCUGUACCACCUACAAUAAAAGAAGAGCUAGAGUAUAGUGUAGCCCCACCACCAACGCUAAUCGAUCCAAAAUCCGGGUUUCCAUCGGAUUUUGAAGCUAAAGACCGUGAGGAUGAUAAGGUGAGGGAGAGAGAUGAGGACAGGCCCAAAGAUGAUGAUAGGUCAAGAGAUAGGGAAGGUGAUAGGUCUAGAGAUAGAGAACGUGAAGAUAGAGGAGGCAGAGAAAGAGACGACAGAAAACGAUCGAGAUCACGGUCGAAGGAGAAGAAAAAACGACGAAGAAGGAGCAGAUCAGUGUCAAAGUCAAGGAAACGGUCAAGAAGUCGGUCGAAGGAGCGAGAACGGAAACACAGAAGGCGUAAGUUUAUGUUUUAUUUUAUUUUUCUUGUUAUAGUCUAUAGAAAUGGUCGAUUAUGGGCAAGAAUAAAGGUAUACAGCUUUCUAUAUCUACGAAUUAUAUUAUAUUAUCAUAGCCGCAUCAUCUAAAAACUUUUCAGGCAGCCGCUCACGAGACCGCUACCGUGACUACGACAGACGCAGAGACGAUGACCGUCGCUACGACGAUAGACGGCGGGACGAUGACAGGUACGAUGAUCGUCGAGGUCGCGAGGAUCGCUUCUUCAAUCCAGAAGAUCCGGUUCAAACUGUAGCUCAAGCCAUACCUCCACAUCUACGUGGUAACGUGGUCGCACAAAGUCUACUGGUCAAACCAGAAGUGCUGCCGGACAUUAUUGGUAUGUUGUUGUGAAAGGGGUGGAUAAAAAUGAUUUUUUUGAGGAUGGGGUGGUAAAUUAGAAAAAAAAAUUUGGGGUGGAUAAAUAUGUUUUUGAAAAAGACAUAUAAAGACUUUGUAGCGCCAGAAAAAGUAGUAAUAAGUUGAUAAUAACCUUUAUAUUUUAGGUGAAGUGGUAUCAGAAGUCAAGGAGAAAGGUGUGGAUUUAACUGUGGCUUUACCAGAAGACUUAGCUAAACAAGCGGAGCGAGAAAAGCGGCGAAAGUCCAGAUGGAGCAACACCAAAAGCUUCGUGCCCGGCAUGCCAACAAUGCUACCACAGAAUCUCGACGAAACACAACAGAAAUCGUAUUUACGUGAGUUUUAGGCUUGUUUUGAAGGGUUUUAGUAACUAAUUUAAAAAAAAAUUAAAUUUAAAAAAUUGUGUUUUGGUCAACAGGGUCCUCUUGUGGAUUUUUUUUGAAAUUUUUUUAUUUUUUUAAACUUAAGCGACAUAAGUUAGAAAUCUUAAUUAAAAGUUAAUUUUAGGUAUUAAUUUAAACAUUUUUAAAGAUUAUAUUAAUAAAAUUAUUUUUAGUCCAACUAGAGAUCGAAGAAGCAACACGUAAACUACGCCUGGGCGAUUAUCUGGGCCCCGAAAACGAAAGGUAUGUCAACUAUUAAUGGAAACAAAGUAGCACAGGAUUACAGUAAUUCAUAGUGAUAAACACGUGGUCUCAAAAACAUGUUUUGAAGAGAUUUUAAGUUUGGUUUGUACUAAGAAAAGGUUUUUUUGAAGAAAAAUAAUUUUUUAGUGCAAAGGGUCACUUUUGCAAUGAUUUUUGACUUUUUCCAAAAAUAAUUUUGAAAAUUGAUUACAUACGUUUGAAAAAGCAUAAAAUGGACCGUAUAACAGAAAACUUUUGGAUUGAUAUUUUAAGUUUUGGCAGAGUUAUGAGUAAUUGAAAAUGGCAAAAAUGAAAAAAAGUUCGAUUUUGGCUGAACUUAACUUUUUUUUUCGUUUUCAAGGUGUUGUAUCUUUGGUAAUAAGCAAAAUACCUUUAUAAAACAGUAGUAAUAAGUAGUAACAGUGAUAUUAUGAUCAAAUUUUUUGAUAAUUUGAAAAGAAAUAAUUAAAAAAUAAAAAGAAUAGAUUAAUAAAGCAUUGUUAUAGGAGUCCAUCCCCAGAGCCAAUCUACGAUUCGAAUGGAAAGCGAUUGAAUACGAGGGAUGUGAGGAAGCGACAGGAACUGGAAGCUGUAAGACAUGAGAAAAUACAGUUGCUGCUAAAAGUGAAUCCAGCUUACAAGCCUCCGGCUGAUUAUCGGUAAGUUGAAUUUUGAAAAUUUUUUUGAAAUUUGAAGUUUUUUAUGUUUACUUUGAUAUCAGAGGUUAGAGUAAGGUAAUGUAAGGUAUUUUAGGGCAAGACAAGUCAAGAUAGGGUAGGGAUAGAUAAAAUAGGGCAGAAUAUGGUAAGUAGAGUAGGGUAGGAUAGUUUGGAAUAGGAUAGAGAAGGGUAGAGUAGAAUAGGGUAUGGCAAAAAUUAAAAAAUAAUUAAAAAGUUUUGCUUCUUGUUUUUAAUAUCUAAAAUUUAAUUUAAAAUGUAAUCAUUUGACAUUUCCACCUUUGCAGAGCACCGAACAUACGACUACAUGACAAAGUGUUUAUACCACAAGAAGAACAUCCGGAAAUUAAUUUUGUAGGCUUGCUAAUAGGCCCGAGAGGAAACACUCUUAAAUCCUUGGAACUUGAAGUAAGUUUAGAGAUAUUGCAAUAAAUUUGUACUGUAGCACUUUUAUUGGCCGCUAUAUCUUAAUACGGUAGUCUAUAUGUCUUACUGUGGCUUUUAGUUUAUAUAUAAAACUUACUAUAUCUUUUGUUAUACAUAUACGCUUUACUGUAGCUUGUAGCUUAUAUAUAAGUCUUACUUUAGCUUAUAUACACUAGAAAAUGUAAAAAUAUAAAGAGAUACAGCUGGUAAUAGAGGUAUACUUUCAGACAGACGCCAAAAUCAUCAUUCGAGGCAAGGGUUCGGUCAAAGAAGGUAAGCUGGGCCGGAGAGAAGGACCAUUACCAGGCGAAAAUGAACCGUUACACGCCUAUGUUACUGGUACAUCACAUGCCAUCAUUCAGAAGGCUGUCAAUAAGGUAAGGAAGUUACAAAUGAAAAUUUAAAAAAAAUUAAAAAAAUUUUUUUUGAAAUGAAAAUGUUUUUAAAAUUAUUAUUUUAGUCGAAAGUUCGUAGAAAGGUCAAUAUUUUAGUAUGCGGUCAAAAAGUUUAUAGAAGAAUUAGUAGUCAGAGCUGAAAAAAAGUUUUGUCGUUUUUUAACGUGAAAAAUAAUGUAAAUUGACUACAAGACUUUUUUGAUGCUCUAUUUUGGGCCCAUAACGAACAAGAGCUUGGUUUUGGGUCAAAAAGUUUAUAGAAAGGUCAUUUUUACUGAUCUUUGUCAAUUUUAUUUUUGAUGUCUGGUUUAGUGGCUCAUUAAUUUUUGAACAACCUAUAAAACUAUAAUCUUAAUUUUUUAAUUUCAGAUCAAAGAAAUCAUAAACGCGGCCCUAAUGAUUCCGGACGGACAGAACGAGCUAAGGAAGCUACAACUUCGCGAGCUCGCCGUUCUCAAUGGAACUCUCCGGCCGGAGGACAUGCUCGGAGGCACGAGAUGCUCGAAUUGUGGCAGUGAUCAACACAAAACCUGGGAAUGUAUGGACGGCCCGAAUGUCACAGCCAGCAUCAUUUGUCAAGCUUGUGGAUCGGCCGGUCAUAUUGCUCGGGAUUGUAAGAACCCCAAUCCCGGCUAUCAGUAUGGUGAAGUGGCUGGAAUGGAUGAUGAGGUAGGUUAGAUUUGAUUAUGAUUUCAAAAAAUUUUGGGCGGGGGUUUUUUUUUGAGGGGGGGUAAGGAAUUUUUUGAAUGGUUGGCUUUCAACUUUAAAAAAAUUUUUUGGAGGUAGGGCUGGGUGAUUUUCAAUUUUUAGGAGGACUCUUUCACAAAAGUUAAAUAAAAAAAGUAAAGAUCAAAUUUCAGUACUCUGCCUUAAUGGCCGAACUUGGCGAAAAACCAGCCCAAGCACCGGCCCAAGCUCAGCAACAAACCCAGCCGAAGGAACGCGUCUACACCCUACCCUCAGGCGCCCCAAUUCAACGAUUCAACAAGAAGCCACACAACGAUAACCAAAACUCCAACUUCUCAUCCCCAUCCACCUUCAACCGCGAGAAGGAGGGCGGCUUCUUCAACCCACCACAACCAACUCAUAUUGGCACGUACGAUCUCACCGGCUCCUGGGUACCGCCACCCCCAGCACCUCCAGCAAUGCCCCCGUGGGGUGCGUACCCCAUGCCCGUCCCACCGCCGCCAACAUCGCAAGACACGGGCUACGGCGAAUUCCUCGCUCCACCACCACCUCCUCCACCUCCACCACCACCGCCGAUGGACGACUACACCGCCCAACCUGUACCCCCUCCCCCGCCACCACCAAUGUAA